CACAGUUGUAUCAAUUAAUUACUUAAAAAGCUCUAUUGUUAUCGAACAAGCUUCAAAAAUACGUGGCUUUAAUACAUUUGACUAAGUGUUUGGUGCCUAACAAUAUACAUUGUUUAAAAGCUUUGAUAUUCCACUCUUUCGGGGUUCACUGAGAAGCUUAAGCAGUAGAAAUGGGAUCCUCUGCUGCUGCUGCUUCUAUUCUCAUGAUCUCAUUUCUCCUACUCUCUUCUUCCCAAUGCUUGAGAGAGAGAGAAACCGACAAAAUAAGCAAGAAUCAAGCAGUGAUAUUGCCAUUGAGAACUCAGAAGCUUUCCCCGCCGCUUCUCCUUUCUCAGCCAUCCAACAAGCUUCUCUUCCAUCACAACAUCUCUCUCACCGUCUCCCUCUCCGUCGGAACUCCGCCGCAAAACGUCUCCAUGGUCCUCGACACUGGCAGCGAACUCUCAUGGCUUCUCUGUAACUCCUCCACUGACUACUCCUUCCACCCUCUCUCCUCUUCUUCCUUCUCUUUCAUCCCCUGCUCCUCCCCAACCUGCCAAUCCUACGUUCCCUGCGACCCCUCUUCUCGCUGUCAGAUCUCCCUCUCCUACGCAGACGGCUCCACCUCCGACGGACUCCUCGCCUCUGAUCUCUUCCUCCUCCCCGUCCAUAAAUUUGCCGCCUUUGGCUGCAUAAACACAUCUUUCUCGUCCUCCGUCUCCGACCAAACCGCAGUUGGACUUCUCGGCAUGAACCAAGGACCCCUCUCCUUUAUCACGCAAACCUCCAUCCGACGUUUCUCCUACUGCAUACCCGCCGCCGCAGAAGCCGCCGGCGUGCUCCUCCUCGGUGACGCAGACCUCAACUUCGUCCCACACUUAAACUACACUCCUCUGUUCCAAAUCUCACUUCCUCUACCGUACUUUGACCGCGUGGCCUACUCCGUUCAGCUCGAAGGCAUCCGCGUCGCCGGUAACCUGCUUCCAAUCCCGAAAUCCGUGCUCGUACCGGACCACACGGGUGCCGGACAAACCAUCGUCGACUCCGGAACGCAGUUCACGUUCCUAUUGGGCUCUGCUUACUCGGCGCUAAAAAUCGAAUUUUUAAGGCGGACGAAGGGGGUGCUGAAGGAAUUGGAGGAGCCGGAUUUUGUCUACCAGGGAGCGUUCGACGCGUGUUUUCUGAUUCCGUCGCUGCGAGCGACGCCGCCGGAGGGUAUUCCUGCGGUGUCUCUUGUGUUGCCCGGAGCAGAGGUGGUGGUCGGCGGCCAGCGGCUGCUUUACCGGGUUGCAGGAGAACGGCGCGGUGGUGAUUCUGUGUGGUGUUUGACGUUUGGUAACGCAGAUUUGGUGCCGAUCGAAGCGUACGUAAUAGGGCAUCACCAUCAGCAGGAUCUGUGGGUUGAGUACGAUCUGGACCGGGGUCGGGUUGGCUUUGGUCCGGUUCGGUGUGAACUUGCCAGCCAACGGAUCGGUGCCGGUUUGUGACUGUUGGUGGACUCUAUUUGUUUGGGAUAAUUUUGGUAGGCUCAAGGUGUUGUUUAUUUGAAAUUAAGAAGCUGUAAUUAAAGCACAUAAUCAAUUCUAU